UUUUUAUUCGGUUGCACACCAUGCCCUUGACUUCCUACAAGAGGUGAUAGCUGAGAAGUAGGAGCACACAAAACGGAGGUCACAAAAACUGCAAAUUUCAGGUUAACCUAUACGCCAUGGGGUUUUUUCCUGACGAGGGAAAGUCUCUCCCUCCUCCGGGAAUCGUGAACAGGAACUCUGUGUGGUUGGGCGGUAUAGGCUGGAUCUCUGCAAUACUUCACAAUGGUCUGAACCGCAGGCCACCGUUGAAAUCAGGUGUUCAUCGACAAGUCCUUCUGGCAACAAUUGGCUGGUUUAUUGGCUACCAUGUUACGAAAUAUGAAAAUUACACUUAUGCCAGGCGGGAUCGAGACAUGAAUGAGUACAUCAGACUCCACCCAGAUAAAUUUGAACCAAAAGAAAAGAAGACUUUUGCAGAGAUUGUCGAGCCCUUCCAUCCUGCGCGUUAAGCUUCAGCGGCUGCUUAGAUGACAAAGAGAGAAGAGGCUGUCUUCAGCAGCUUUCUUUACGAAAUCUAUCAUAUUGUGUAAAAUAUUGGUAUGUAAAUAAAUCGCAGUACCCAA